CAGGCUAAAGACGCGGUGCGUAGAUGUCAAGAUACGGAAAAUUCGUAGUCAUGAAUCCUCAGUAUUUGUGAACAAGUGGACAAGUAAUGAAUUGUGAAAACUGGAGUCACCAUGGAGGGAGUGCUUUAUAAAUGGACCAAUUAUAUAAGUGGGUGGCAGCCACGCUGGUUUGUGUUAGCUGGAGGUACGCUUUCAUAUUAUGAUUCCCAGGAAGAUGCAUGGAAAGGAUGCAAGGGCAGCAUGAAGAUAUCCGUCUGUGAAAUACAAGUGCACCCAUCAGAUUUCACAAGAGUUGAUCUGACCAUACCAGGAGAACAAUACUUCUACCUCAGGGCCAUCAAUGCAGCAGAGAGACAGAAAUGGUUGGUAGCUUUAGGAACAGCCAAAGCCUGUCUGACGGACAACCGGACCAAGAAAGAGAAGGAAGUCCAGGAAAACACAGAGGCACUGAAAACCAAGAUGUCUGAACUGAGGAUAUACUGUGACCUCCUUCUUGAACAGGUGAACAAACUCAAGGAGAGUCCUUUGGGUGAGGGGGCAGCUGGCUCUGGAGAGACAGGGGACGAUUCAGGUAGUCUGGUGAAGUCCACAUGUGCCACAUUCCUGAAGACACUGGAGGAGUGCAUGCAGAUAGCCAGCCGCACAUUCAGUCCAGACCUGCAGAACCUCAGCCCACCAGAAACGCCACCUGUUGCUGCUAUUAAACCUCACAAGGUGAUCAAAUCUUCUAACCAAAAAAGCCACCCUUUGGAAGAAAAACAGAAACGCUCAGUAAAUAGCUCAUCUAUUGCAUUGCUACAUGAGAAUGUGAAGUUAGGACCAGAUGGAGAACCUCCUCCAUUUCUUCCAGGAAAAAUGCCAGAAUCUUCAACAGAGAACAGUCUAACAGAGGAGGAAUGUGAACACCAGCUGGAGGUCCAGAGUGCACCUCACCCUAAUCUUCAGGAUCCUGCCAAGAGUGAACUUCCCAUAGGGGAGGCAGGAGAAGACAUGCGUCCAGAUGUAACUUGCACAUUAGAGAAGCAACAGGAACAGCAACCCACCACCCUGGAAAGCCAAGAGGCUGACCCAGAUGUGCAUGAGCUUGAGUCAGAGGGUAAACUGGAAAAAGAAGAUCAGGUGGAAACAUUCUUCAGUAGUAUGAGCCACAGAUUUAGUGAUAUAAGACUGGAGGACGACAGUGGUAUCCCCACACGAGCCUUUUUGGACUCUUGCUAUGCUAUAGUGCCAGUAUUAGACAAGCUGGGACCAACAGUCUUCGCUCCAGUUAAAAUAGAUUUUGUGGGCAACAUUAAGAAAGUGCAGCAGAAGUUACUGUCAGACCCAGACAACUUCCCCACUCUGCAGAGUAUUGUGCUUCAUGAAGUGCAGAUGGAAGUGGCGCAGGUGCGAAACUCGGCCACCGAGGCUCUGCUGUGGCUCAAACGAGGAUUAAAAUUCCUCAAAGAGUUCCUCUCCGAGGUGGAUGCUGGAGAGCAGGACAUCCAUGCAGCUUUGAACAUUGCCUAUGGAAAGACAUUACGUCAGUAUCACGGAUGGGUGGUGCGUGGAGUUUUUGCUCUGGCACUGAGGGCAGCUCCUUCCUAUGGCGGCUUCAUGGCAGCGCUGGUAUGUCAUGAGGGAGAUGAGCUGAAGGAGGAUUUUAUGUCAGGAAUGCACCGUGACCUUGCCAUCUACCUGUCAGCCAUGGAGAAGCAGCUGGCCAUCCUGGAUGCUCUGUAUGAGGAGUACGGCCUGGAGUCAGACGAGGUGGUGUGAGAGCACUCGCAGAUAAUAUACAGAGCUCACUGUCUGGCUGCAGUGAGAGUACUGUCGUGUGUUAGAGCUUGAUAAAAGGGAUACAGAUACUUCUGAAGGCAGACUUGGUCUGUAUGGGAAAUCGAGCACUGACGGUGCAGCCACCUACAUGCUCAAUAACGGGCCAAACAUGUACAUUUUAAAACCUGUAAAGGUUUUUUCAGGGAACAAACAUUUUGUUGCUAGGUUGCAGGGUGGAUGCUAAGUGUUUUGUGGGACCAGGUGAAUGGAUUCUUUUAGAGUCAAACAUGCUUCUUUUAAAAAAACAUCUCACAAUGUAGCUUUUUAUGUAUUAACACACACACACACCUAUGGUAAGUAUGUAAAGCCGUCAGUAGGUAUGCAAAACACAGUAUUUGCAUCUGCGCACUGCUUGCACGAUUUUACUUCCACAUAUGCUUAUUUUUCCUCUUGGUAUUUCAGAUAUUCCUUUGCAGCCAGUUAGAAAUAUAUCCCAUGCCACAGGCAAGCACAAAGGAUAAAUAUCUGUCUGAUUUCGAGGAUAGUAACAAAAACCCGACGUCACUCGUGUUUAACAUGCAUGAACAAGGCAGACAAUUACUAGGCUGGGUAAUUGAACUGAAUAUCAUUUAUAGUGCCAGGGCAUAGACUAUAAUGCAUAGGACAAAAGGACCAGUAAAAUAAAAUGAAGAACAAAAAAAAAAAUCAUUUAAAAUAUUUUACAACAUUUUUGUAUUCAGCACAAUUCAUAUUUAUUAUUUAUAAAUGACAAAUUUGUACAUUUUUUCUAAUAAUUGUAUUUAUUUAAUUAUUUACAAAAGUAACAAUGGUAAGAAUAGCUUUUGUUUACUUGUUAAUGUAGCCGAAUGAACAACACUGAUCUGUGCAUGUUGUAUUGCAUGGGUUUUGUUAAUUUUUGUGUUAAACGAAUAGCAAUCAAAACUGAAAUAAUUUGUCAAACUUAUUGCGUGUCAUAAGUUACACUUGACGAGAGCUGCCGUUAUGGCUGUGCAAAGCCAAGUUAACACAGAAAUACACUAAUGAUCCAAAAUGCUUGAUGACUUUCACAUCACCGAGUAUUUUUUUUGUUUGUUUGCUUGUUUUUCUUUUUCUUUUCUUUUCUUUUUUUUUAGUAAUAAUUCACUUCCAAAAAAAAGGGAAAACUGCUCCAUCUUUUCCAGUCACAUUUUAAAUUCUCAGCUUUGUAUUACAGAUGUAAUACAUCUGUGUAUUCCAAAUAUUAGAUUUUUUUACUUUGUUAACCCUUGUUAAAUUUUUAGACAUUAAUUUUAGACACAUUUAUUACCUUGAAACGACGACAUGAUCUUCUCUAUGUCUACAUUGUUAAGGCACCUGUGCUAUUCUUAGAUGUUUAUUCACUGAUGGUAUUUUUUUUUUCUUGUACUAUGCACUUUUGUGCCUCUAAUCACAUACCAUCUCUUUCAUGUAAAACCUAUUCUGGCAUUAGGAGGCGGGGAGGCUGGCUGUGUAUAUACUUGAUAUGUAUAGGUAUAUGUAAAUAAAUGCAAAUAUCAAACCAAAAUUGUCUAAAGCUAAAGAAUGUGAUGCAGUGCAUCUGACUUUGC